AUGUCUUCAGCGGCUGCACCAUCCGCCGCGGUGGAGACCACCAGCGCGACGGCCGCCACUGGUACAUCAACGGAAGCAGGACACUCGACGACCUCGGUCCCUACCACAACCAGUGAACCCACCUCGACGCAAUCAACAACCUCGUCUACAUCCACCACGUCGUCGACGACCUCGCAGCAUACCACGUCUCAGCAGCCAACCACCACGAGCUCGACCUCGACGUCGACCACGACUUCAGAGCCCACCACCAGCACCACCACCUCCCAACCUACAACGUCCUCGGUUGUCACCACCUCUGAAAUUGUCACGACUUCUUCGUCCGGCACGAGCGGACCCGAGACCCUCACCAUCACCUCCACCGACACCUCGGGCCUGACCAAGCCGACCACAACUGGCAAUGCCGCCUCCACGACCUCGACUGGUUCGUCCUCGACCUCCACAACGGCCGCCGCGGGUGCCAGCGGGGGCUCGGGGCUGUCCGCGGGUGGCACGAUAGCCGUUGCCGUGGUGGUGCCCGUCGUCUCAGUGGCCAUCAUCAUCCUGGCGGCCUUGUACUUCUGGCGCAAGUGGAAGGCCAAGAAGGCCGCGGAGGAAGAACGGAGAAAGGAGGUGGAGGAGUACGGCUUCAACCCGAACAACGACCCGACCUUGCCACCGGUCAUGGGCGCCGCCGCGUACGAGGCCAAGGAUGACGUCUCAGGGUACCGCGGAUGGGGCACCACCUCGGCGGGCCGUAAGGCGUCCACCAACCUGUCCAGUGGUGCGGGUGUCGGCCUGACCAUGUCCGAGGCGGGCAGCACGCCUGGCUACCAGCAUGCCGCGACGCCCAGCGACGGGACCAUCCAGUUUUCCGAAGGACAGCUGACCGCGGCCGAGACCGAGCCCGUUGGAAUUCUGGGCGCCGCGCCGGUGUCAGCCAACAACCACCGCACGAGCGACAUCCACCGGGGCCCGUCCAACGCGUCGUCUGCCUAUUCGGCCGCCAACCGCUCGGAUAUCUCUGAAGAAAGCCACAUGUCUGCGACCCAUCCUACGGGUGGUUACUACGAUGAGAAUCCGUAUUACACCGACAUGCACCAGCAGUAUACCGCCUAUGGAGACGGACCGUACGUGCCGAAUCAGCCCGUGAUUCGCGACGUCCAAGCCCGGCGUAACACCCGUAUUGAGAAUCCUGCUGUUUUCCCUCGCUCCGGAAAUGCUGGUAUUGCCCAGAACUUCUGA